AUGAGGGUCGCUGUGGUUCAGUUCGCUCCUAAGAUUGGGCAAGUGCAGGAGAAUGUCCAGACCGCUCGGAGGCUCUGCGAACAGCUUAGGCCUAACUCAGUCGACCUAGUUUGCCUGCCCGAGAUGAUUUUUACCGGCUAUGUUUUCCCGAACGCCGCUGCCAUAGCUCCCCAUCUGGAACACCCGCGCACGGGCCCAACGUCUCGUUUUUGUGCCGAACUCUCAGCGAGGCUCCACUGUUAUGUUGUCGCUGGAUAUCCAGAACGCCUCGAGCCCCACGAACAGGAAGAAGCACUCGACGAGCAUGACAUCACCAAAGUAGGAGCAAAUAGCGCAGUGCUGUAUGGGCCAGACGGCGAAUGUAUUGGCGAUUAUCGGAAGACAAACUUAUACGAGACGGACAUGACUUGGGCCAAGGCAGGGAACGGUUUCAUGACUUUCAAUCUUCCUCCGCCGUUGGGCAUAGUGACUUUGGGGAUCUGCAUGGACCUGAACCCACAACCUCCUGCGGAAUGGACCUUGGAAGACGGACCCUACGAGAUUGCAGACCAUGUCGUCACCCACAAUUCGAACCUUCUCGUGUUACUCAAUGCUUGGUUGGAUUCCGGUUGGGAUGAAACCGCAGACAAAGACGAGGGGACCAUCAGGUACUGGGCUGCUAGAUUGCGCCCUCUAUGGGCGGUAGCACCGAAUGGCAUUCGACGAGGCAAGGGCGCCAUAGGAUUUGAUGCCCACGACACCAAGGGUGAGACCUAUGUCGUAGUGUGCAACCGCUGUGGACAAGAGAACGGAAAGACUUUCGCGGGAACCUCCUCGCUAUACCAGAUGCGACGUGCGAGCGGGAAGCCUCGAUUGAAAGGCAGCAUGAAGCGACACGAGGAAGGUGUUGCCAUUUGGACAAUCCCAUAG